GAAGGCUACCGUACCCUACGCAUCGCUGGAAGCUGGAAAACCUUCGCUUGGUCUAUUCGGAACACACAGUCACCCGUUACGAAACGUUGUAACGGUACAUAAGCCUAAUAUAACGAGCGGUGACGUUGAUGUCUCUUCUUUUUCCGUAGGAGUUCUUAUUUGUAUUAUAUUGAAUCGAGAGCUUAUCGGAAGACAAAAUGGCUGAGCUGGGGAUGGGGAAGGGGGUUACUGCGGGGAAACUCGCUAGUAACGUGCAGAAGAAAUUAACACGGGCCCAAGAGAAGGUUAUGCAGAAGCUGGGGAAAGCAGAUGAGACCAGAGAUGUUGCAUUUGAGGAGGGAGUUAUCAACUUCAACAAACAAUAUACAGAGGGAUCCAAACUGCAAAAAGACCUGAGGGUCUACCUGGCUGCAGUACAAACGAUGCACGAGUCCUCCAAGAACCUUCAGGAGUGUCUGUCUGACAUGUAUGAGCCGGAGUGGUACGGCAAAGAUGAAGUGGACUCUAUCGUUGAGGACAGUGACGUUCUGUGGACAGACUUCCAUCAGAAGCUUGUGGAUAAUGCUUUGAUAUCCAUGGACACAUAUAUGGGGCAGUUCCCUGAUAUUAAGUCUCGUAUCGCUAAGCGUGACAGGAAGCUUGUGGAUUACGACAGCGCCAGACACAACCACCCUUCUACCAAUAAGGGGAAGAAAGGAAAGGAUGGGGGCAUCAAGAUCACCAAGCCAGCGUCUCUGUUGGAGAGGGCCACUCCAGUUUGGGCUCAGGGCAUCCUGUCAGCCCACAACAUUGCUCAGAGUAACCUCUCCAGGAACCAGGCGGAGGAUGAGUUGGAGAGAGCUCAGAAGGUGUUUGAGGAGAUUAAUGAAGAUCUGCAGGAGGAACUGCCCUCACUAUGGAACAGUCGUGUUGGCUUCUACGUAAGCACCUUCCAGAGUAUGGCUGGCUUUGAGGAGAAGUUCCACAAGGAGAUGGGGAAGCUGGACCAGAAUCUGUACGAUGUUCUUGUCAAACUGGAGAGACAGGACAUGUCUGGUGAGCUCCCCAGAGGAGCAAGUCCAGCCAAUCACACUCUGAGUCCAGGAGGACCGCCACCCAUCCCUAAAUCUCCCUCCAAGCUGAGACCAGCGAUGCCGCCGCGGCCUGAAUCCAGCCCCUGUCGGGACAUGAAACCAGAAAACAUAAUUAACCUGUUUGAUGCUGCUGCUCCUGACAUCAGUAUCACAUCCCCAACACAGUUUGACAGCCCUGCUGGGGCCAACCUUUUGGACAUGGACCUGUCCACCCUGGCUGCACCAUGUCAUGGUGGCACAGCCGUGUCCCCAGCCUCUCAGGCGGUAUCAUGGGACACGUGGGAGCCUGAGGAAACUCCUGCUCCACCAGAGGAGCCCCAGGGCUGGGAUGAUGAUGGUACCCUGCCGGUGCGUGCUGCCGGCUGGGAUGAUGACGGUACCCUGCCGGUGCGUGCUGCCGGCUGUGGGGAUGACGGUAUAGCUGCCGCCACGGCAGGCUGGGAUGACGAUGGCUCUCUGCCUGUGAGGGUGGAAGACUCCUGGGGGGAUGUUACUGACGCUACAUCCAUAUCCCCAGCCACUGCUUCCGCUGCCGCGGCCGAGUCUGAGGCUGCUGGCUGGGAUGAUGAGGAUGGGGUGCCCCAGGCUGACACACCCCCAUCAGCUGCUGCAGCACCUACACCUACAGCCACAGCACCAGAGGAGAUUCCUGCUGUAGCAGCAACCAACGGGGCUUCAGAGGCGGUAGAGAUGCCUCCAGGAUUCCUCUUCAAAGUGACCACCAUGCAUGACUAUGCAGCUAACGACUCCGAUGAGCUGGAGAUGAAGGCCGGAGACAUAGUGCUGGUUGUGGCCUUCGACAACCCGGAAGAACAGGAUGAGGGCUGGCUGAUGGGGAUGAAGGAGGAAGACUGGAUCCGGAAUAAAGAGAGAGCCCCUAAAGGAGUGUUCCCUGAGAACUUCACCUCCAGGCUGUGAGAGAGUAGACGCCAUACUUCCUCUCCUACUAUGACCUCUCUCUCUUCCACAAUAUUCUCUCUUCUCUUGCCUCUCUCUCUUUAACAUAAUUUGUUCAAGAAGAACAUUACUCUAUUGUCCAAUUUUACAUGUGCACAAGCUCUGACAGAAAUUCAACUUCUGCUUUAUCCCAGCCCCUCCUCUUCUCUCUCUCUUCUCUCUCUCUCUCUCUCUUCCCUCCCUCUCUCUCUCUUCCCUCUCUCUCUC